CAAGGGGAGAUUUUCAGUGCGCCUGCGCAGAGCGGGCAAGAUGAAGGUGGCAAUCGCGGGCUGCUGUCAUGGCGCGCUGGACAAACUCUACGAGACGCUGCAGUUCCUGGAAGAGCGCCGCGGCCAGGCCCUACCCGACUUGCUCCUCUGCGCCGGGGACUUCCAGGCCGUGCGCGACGCCGGAGACCUCCGCUGCAUGGCCGUGCCCGCCAAAUACCGCCAGCUGGGCGGCUUCGCCCGGUAUUACUCAGGAGAGAAGAAGGCCCCUGUCCUGACCAUCUUUAUUGGGGGAAACCAUGAAGCCUCCAACCAUUUGCAGGAACUACCGUACGGUGGAUGGGUGGCACCCAACAUCUACUACCUUGGUUAUGCUGGUGUAGUCAAGUAUCGUGGUGUAAGGAUUGGUGGACUUUCUGGCAUCUUCAAAUCUCAUGAUUACAGAAAAGGUCACUUUGAAUGCCCACCAUACAACCAGCAGACAAUAAGAAGUGUCUACCAUGUAAGAAACAUUGAAGUCUUUAAGCUAAAGCAGCUAAAACAACCUAUGGAUAUAUUUAUGUCCCAUGACUGGCCAAGAAGUAUCUAUCAUUAUGGAAACAAGAAGUUGCUCCUUAAAAAGAAAUCCUUCUUCCUCCAAGAAGUGGAGAGCAACACUUUGGGGAGCCCUGCUGCCUCAGAGCUCCUGGAGCACUUGAAGCCCACCUACUGGUUCUCGGCCCAUUUACAUGUGAAAUUUGCAGCAUGGAUGCAGCACAAGACCAAUUGCAAAGAUCAGCAGCCAAAGACAACUAAAUUUCUAGCCCUGGAUAAAUGCCUGCCUCACAGAGACUUCCUGCAGAUUGUAGAGAUCCCACAUGACGCAAAUGCAUCUGCUCACCUAGAAUAUGAUCCUGAAUGGAUUGCUGUUUUGAAAGCUACUAAUCGUCUCAUCAACAUCUCUGCAAAUUCCUGGAAUAUGCCUGAAAACAAUGGACUUCAUGAAAAGUGGGACUACAGUGUUUCAGAAGAAGACAUCAAGGACGUUUUGGAAGAAGCAAACCAUGAUCUUCAGGUUCCAAAUAAUUUCAGCGCCAUGGUUGCUUGUUAUGAUGCGAACACAUCCCAGCAACGCACAGAACCAGUUCAUAGAAUCAAUCCCCAGACCACAGAGUUCUGUGCGCGGUUUGGGCUUACAGACAUCAAUGCCAAAAUCCAGCAGCUGAAAGAAGAUAUCCUGGGACACGGAGAUGAUGACGAGGAAGAAGAAGAGGCCAUAGACAGUACUGGCUCCGCAGAAGAGCCUAGUGACUACAGUACAGAUACUUCUGCUUUGUCAUCAUCUGUGAACCCUGAUGAAAUAAUAUUAGAUGAAGACAGUGCUGAUGAUGAAGGUCCAGAGACCUCGUUGGACCCAACGCCUGAGGACUCUUCGAGCAUCUCUGCAACAUUUUCUGAUAUCAGGAUCCUCCCAGAUUCUAUGACUGUGUCACCAAAUGAUACUGUUGACUCUCUGGGUGAUGAACUGGAGAAAUCAAAUGAAAAGAAACAGCCGGGAGACCAAAGUCCCGGUGAGAACUUGCUGAAAAGGAUAAGUGGUGAAAAGAAAGAAGAAAACAGUGGUCCAAAGAGAAUAAAAAGACGAAAUCAAGCUAUCUAUGCUUCCAAAGAUGAAGAUGAAGUGGAAUGAGUAAUCUCUUCAUUGACUGAGGGCAAUCUUUUACUGCGAUGCCUAUCUACAAUAGAUAGGAUAGCUUGGGGUUGGAUUUUUUUUGCAGUGAUGUAUAGCUUUGAUAUUUCAACUAAAAACAAUAAACGAUUCUUUUUAUAGUAGGUCAGAUUUGACAUGGAACACAAACAUAAAUGGCAAGAAAACACUGUUAAAAGAUUUUGUAAGCCAAAAGCAAGCAUGGAGCCUUUUGUAUUUUUUACAUUGUCUUUCUAAACAAAUAGGGCAGUGGUUCUCAACAUAUGGGUCCCCAGAUGUUUUGGCCUUCAAUUCCCAGAAAUCCUAACAGAUGGUAAAAUGGCUGGGAUUUCUCGGAGUUGUAGGCCCAAACACCUGGGGACCUACAGGUUGAGAACCACUGAAAUAGAGGAUUUCUAAAAAUAUUUUAGUAAAAGAUAGGAAAAUUGUUUUGUUUCUUUAUUGCAUUUGAUGGAUCAGGUUCAGCAUAAUAAUCUGUCAUUGACUCUUUGCUUUUUCUUUCUCCCACUCCUUGGCAAUGGAUUGUUACAUCUGAAUCACGUAUUCAAUGCACUUAAUAUUGUAAAAUCAGAUUUUCUUGUUUUCUUCCCAAUAGUGAUAAUUGUUUCAUAUAGGGAUUAGGCAAUAUAGUAUCCACCAGAUAUUUUGUACUGCUAGUAGUCAAUGGGUAGAGCUCAUGAGAGUUGUAGUAAAAGGUAUCUGGAGGGAACUUGUCUGCCUCCCCUAGUUUAUGGCAAGUCAGUCUAAUGAACUGCCUUAGAAAAUUCAUGUCAUUAGGACAGAUGAAAUAUUCAAAAUAAUACUUUCCAUGCAACAUUGAAAAGCUAAAAUGAUCACAUGAUUGGCUUGUUGGAAAAUAAACUCUAACGUCUUUAAAGUUUUAA